AUGAGCCACAUCUACGGCAGCCACCUCUCCCCUCUGGGCAACCCCUCCAUGGUUUAUCUCCCGACCGCCCUCGGCUUCACCCCCGGGGGGGCGAUCUCCCGGCAGGAUCCCCCGCAGAAGCCCCCGUACAGCUACAUCGCCCUCAUCGCCAUGGCCAUCAAAGAAGCCCCGGAGCAGAAGGUGACGCUCAGCGGCAUCUACCAGUUCAUCAUGGACCGCUUCCCCUUCUACCACGACAACAAGCAGGGCUGGCAGAACAGCAUCCGCCACAACCUCUCCCUCAACGACUGCUUCGUCAAGGUGCCGCGGGAGAAGGGGCGGCCCGGCAAGGGCAGCUACUGGACCCUGGACCCGCGGUGCCUGGACAUGUUCGAGAACGGCAACUACCGCCGGAGGAAGAGGAAGCCCAAAGCCCCGGGGCCGCCGGAGGCGAAAGGCGGCGAGCAGCCGGGGCCGCCCGCCCGCCCCGUCGAGCCCAAGCGGUCCAAGGGGAGUGCGGCGGCCGCGGGGGACGCGGGGGUCCCGCGGCCGGGCCGGGGGGCAGCGGCUUCCCCGGGGGGUCCGGCCCCGGUCGCCUCCACCGCCGCCGCCCCGCCGCACAAGAGCGGCCCGCGGGGCCGCAGCUUCAGCAUCGAGAGCAUCCUGGCGCAGGGGCUGCGGCAGCCGCCCCCCGGGGCAGCCCCCAAGGCGACCCGGGAGGGCCCCGCCGGCUGCCUCGGCGGCUCCCUGGUCGCCAGCGGCGGCUUCGGCCCGACCCUCAACGCCUCCCUCAUGCUCGACUCCCAGGUGCACGGGAGGCUCUACCACAUCGGCAUCCCCUUCCUCUCCUGCUUCCCUCUCCACGUAUCCGAGGCGGUAUUUAAUUUCCAGUAG